GAAAAAGACAUUUCAAUCUUUCCAGAAUCAAUACACAUUGAAUUAGCUUCAUCACUAACCAUCUGUUAACCCUCACCUUAACUUAAUGAACUGCCUAAUCCCUUCAGAUCUGGAAAAGGUACAUACCCGGCCUCAUGACUGUAUUGUAACGCUUUCAGAAUGUUUUCUGAGCUUUAUCAUCAGGCACAGCUGACCAGUACUAGCUUAUAUUAAUAAAAGGCUUUGUUUUCGUAGUUCAACAACACACAAAUAAGCCACGGAACAAUGAAAGUCCAAGUACUAAACUCAGAACCGCAAUAGGUACAAUCAAACCUAGUGGGCAUUUAUCAGCGGAGCUCAUUAGGAGUUUGCUGGUCAUCUGAGGCAGGGUCAUGUUGGCACAUGCUCACAAGCCCCAGGAGCCAUUAUGAUGGGCAUCAUUAAUUAAAUCCCCCUUCUAUAGAUGGCCACCCAUGGGAAGCUUCAUACCAUCAUUCUACCCCCUCACCACACAUCAGAAAUCAAACUAAUGAUUCUGGUGGUAAACAGACAGGCACCGGACAACAACAGAACAAAACAUGAUGGAAAGAAUCCACACAAAGAAAAUGACACUCUCCAAUUAGGAGCGGAACUCUUAUAUAAGGGCGCAUUUCAACAACCGAGAAACAUACGAGCUAUGUCACUUAGAUUACCUGAAAGUGGUGUAUAGGAGAAGAGACAGAGGAUGGAGAGAAUAGAAAUGAUAAAACGAUAAAAGCAGAGGCUGCUUUUCUAACAGGGUCAGGAGAAUCACAUCAGAAAAUUCAACAUCAAAUGGGGUGUGCUUCUUUUGGGAUAAACAGGUUUCUGUGACAGUAAGAUAGCAACAGCAAUUCAGUAAGUAACUAACAAUUUUGAUGAAUGUGUUUGUGUGUUUUAAAUUAAUUAAUGACAUACUUCAACAUGUCAAAAAUCUGCAAACAUCUUGUGUAUUGUACAUUAAAAGUAUGUGUAAAAAUAGCCUUUGUAUCCUGGAACGACACACUUUGAGCAAACUGGUAUUAUGCUUUAUACUAUGAGGUGUACACUAACAAUUGUUUAUUUUACCUUCAUUUUUACAGCACAUGAUGAAUGAGACUGCCACCAAUUUCACUUCGUCACCAACUCUGCUCUAUACAAAAACCACCAUUCCAAACAUCACCUAUUAUCGAAACACCAGCCUACUGAUAAUCGCCUACAGCACGAUCCCCGCAACAGCAGUCACUCAGCCGCGCCCCCAGGUGAACACGACCCUUUCAACCCCAGCCACGACUCCUGCUGACCCUGUGACAUCCCUGAACAUGCCCUACGUGGUGGCCGAGUUGGUCAUCGCCUUCCUUUCCACAGUAGGCAACCUGCUGGUGUGCGCUGCCGUGGGGCUCAACCGGAAGCUGCACACGGUCACUAAUUACUUCCUGGUGUCGCUGGCAGUGGCCGAUGUGUGCGUGGGUGCGCUGGCCAUCCCGUGCGCCAUCCUGACAGACAUGGGCACCCCACGGCACAACCUGUACCUGUGCUUGCUCAUGCUGUCCGUGCUCAUCAUGCUGACUCAGAGCUCCAUCUUCAGCCUGCUGGCCGUAGCGGCGGAGCGCUACGUGGCCAUCUUUAUGCCCUUCCGCUACCACAGCCUGAUGAGGCCACGCAACGCGCUGCUCAUCAUCCUCGUCACCUGGGUGCUGGCCUUCCUCAUCGGCCUGGUGCCCCUGAUGGGCUGGCACAAGACGCCGCCCGCCUCCGGCUACUGCUUCUUCGUGUUUGUGGUCGACAUGACCUACAUGGUGUACUUCAACUUCUUCGCGUGUGUGCUGGCGCCCCUGGUGGUGAUGUUCCUCAUCUAUGCGCAGAUCUUCGCUGCAGUGAAGCGCCAGAUGAGGAGGAUCGCGGCGGACCGCGGCGGGACGGCCGGCGGUGAGGGCGCUGCCAAGAUAAAGAGGGAGAUGAAGACGGCCACGUCGCUCUUCCUCGUCCUCUUCCUCUUCACGGUCUGCUGGAUCCCGCUGCAUGUGAUAAACUGCUUCCUGCUGCUGUGCCCAUCGUGCCCCGUGCCCCUCCCACUCCUCCUCACCGCCAUCAUCCUUUCGCAUGCUAACUCGGCUGUUAACCCUUUUCUCUACGCCUACAAAAUGAAAUCUUUCAGGGAGGCCUUUAAGGGCAUCUUCCUGUGUUGCAGAGGUGCAAGCAUGGGAGAAGAUCACCGUGACAAUGGAGGAGGGACUGCCGUACCCAGAGCAUGAACUGCUUUUUGAAGUGUACUCUUUCUUUGUCAUUAACAAAAUCUGUCUGAAAUCAAUGAAUGAUUAGUCAGACUUAGAAAAAUUAUGCAGACCAAUAAUAUUACUUUCCUUUUGACAUAGUAUUGCGAAAUAAGACAUAUUAAAUAUUUAUAUAAAUGAAUAUAUUAUUAUCUUUGUAAAUAAAGUUAUUUUGUAGUUUUCUAAAAUUAUUACUGUCUUUACUUUUAAGCUGCCUGCAGGGGUACACUAUCAAAAACAAGUAAGAACUUUUAUUUCUAGUUCACUCAUGCAGAUGUGCUGGACUUGACUGAAUGUAGCAGAAAUAUUUAGAUCUAGAAAUACCUUGCAUAUAAUAGCAAGCUGCUGCAAGAAAUAUGCAUGCGAAGCCCUAUUACAGGUAAAAUGGCUUUGUAGUAAGUAGAAUAAAAUGCAAACAUGCGACUGUAAAGAGCAUGAAAGUAAACACCUUUCCGCUCUUAACUGUAAAAAAAACAAAAAAACCACACAACAAGGUUUGAGCCU